GCCUCGGAGAGCGUGCUCCUGGUCCCGCUGGAGGGAGACUGGACCCGGAGCCAGGUCCAGACGCUCGACGCCGUCUCUGUGCUUGGGGACGAAGAAGGCCUGCUGACGAGGACUCCGUCUUCCCUGAAGACUGUCUUUUGUCGCUGCCAGGCUUCCCCUUGGAGCUCCCCAUCUCUGUCCAGGACGCCAACCCUGAAGAAUUCGGAUUGCGAUCCAAACGGGAUUGGUGCUGGGCGUGAAACCGAGAGAAGAUGUUCUACUAUCCCAACGUGCUUCAGCGCCACACAGGCUGCUUCUCCACUAUCUGGCUGGCGGCAACCCGAGGCAGCCGGUUGGUGAAGCGCGAAUACCUGAAAGUGAACGUAGUAAAGACCUGUGAGGAAAUCCUCAAUUAUGUGCUGGUGCGGGUACAACCUCCGAUGCCCGGGCUGCCCCGGCCCCGCUUCUCCCUCUAUCUCUCCGCCCAGCUGCAGAUUGGUGUGAUAAGGGUGUACUCACAGCAGUGCCAGUACCUUGUGGAAGACAUCCAGCACAUCCUGGAGCACCUGCACCGGGCCCAGCUGCGGAUUCGGAUUGAUAUGGAGGAGGCUGACCUACCUAGCUUGCUUCUUCCCAACUGCCUGGCCAUGAUGGAGACACUGGAAGAUGCCCCAGAACCGUUUUUUGGGACGAUGUCUGUGGAUCCCAGACUUCCCAGUCCAUUUGAUAUUCCUCAGAUUCGACACCUUUUAGAGGCUGUGACCCCAGAGAAAAUUGACAGGGCCUUAGCCACUGUGCAGUCUCCCGAGAUCAUCACCCUACAGGAGGCAGAGCCCAUACGCAUGCUGCGGAUCGAGGGGGAGCAGGAUCUCCCAGAGGUCAGUCGAGGAGAUUUGGACCUGCUGAUCGCCGAGGAAGACGACGCCAUACUGCUGGAGGAACGGCGGCGUCGGCGAGGCCGGCUGCGGAGGGCUUCCCCGGCACUGGAUGAAUCCAAGGAAGAACCCCGGGCCCUGGAGGGAGAUGGUGUGGUCCCCUCACUCUCGCCUCCAGCCCCUGCACAGGUUGAAGAGAUACCAGAAGCACUUCCAGGCCAGGUCUUACCUCCUGAGGUACAGAAGUUGACAGGCUGGGAGCCUGGGGCCCUCCCCACGGAGGUGACCCCGCCUCGGGAGCUGCGUCUACCUGCCCCACCUAGUCCAGAGAAGAGGCUCCCGUCUCCUCUGAGGAGACCUGGCCGACGCCGCCGACGCCGCCAGUUACAAUUCUGGGACAAGGAGACUCAGAUCUCCCGGGAGAAAUUUGAGGAACAAUUACAGCCCGGGGUUCACUGCUCGGAGUAUCCCGUGGUCCAGCCCGAAAGGAUGAUCACAAGCCCAGCGGAGCUCUUCAGGACCCCGACCGUCUCUGGCUGGCUGGCCCCAGAACUACUAGCUUUAUGGACCCACUGUGCCCAGGUGCCCCCAAGAAUGCUCAGACAAAGACCACCACUGGAGCCUGUAGAGGCAGCUGAGGAGAGGGGCGUGGCAGAGGAGGAGGAACGAAGAAAGACCGAAGGGCUGAGUGAGAUUGAGGUUCUGAGGGAGGCCCAGGAGCCCAGUGGUCCCCUCAUGCUCUCUUCAGAGCUCUCCCUGGAAGCAGCUGAGGAGGAAAAGUCCCGGACUAGCCUCAUCCCCCCUGAAGAACGGUGGGCCUGGAUGGAGGAGGGGCAGCCAGAGGCCCCUGCACUGCCCAUGCUGCCUGAACUCCCUGAAGUGCCCGUGGAGAUGCCUCCAGAGCCUGAGUUGCUCACUUCCGAGGCUGUAUUUAGGGCCGUAGCCCUGGAGCUGCAGGCCAACAGGGUACCUGACUUCAGCAGCCUGGUGCCCCCUCUCAGCCCCCGCAAGCUGGCUUCUCGGGUCUUCUACCUGCUCCUGGUACUGUCUGCACAGAAGAUCCUUCGUGUGGAACAAGAGAAGCCAUACGGGCGCCUCCUGAUUCAUCUGGGACCCAGAGUCCAAUGAGCAAGUUCAUUAAACCAUAUCCUACCUCACUGGA